AUGCAGGUUCAACGCGAUGAGGACGAAAUAUCAGACGCCGGAAGAUCAGAUGACAGUUCCAUGGCCGACCUACAAGCAAUACUCAAGCUACUUCCGGCAUGUCAACGGUGCCGCAAGAACAAAAAGCGAUGUGAUCUCCAACUGCCAGCAUGCCAGAACUGCACAAAAGCAGAAGAAGAAUGUUUUUUCUUGGACCUCAUCACGAACGAAAGACUGCCACGACAAUACGUUGCUUCCCUACUUGACCAUAUCAAAGCCCUCAAAGCUAAAAGGGGCCACAAAUCGAGUGGCGUUGGCCAUGAUACCGUGUCGGCGCACCUCGUGCCAGUACGAGGUAUGUCAAGAUAUCUCGGCAGCCGCGCAGCUCUUGCAAUACCUGCCCAGGCUCUGUCUGCCAUUUCCCAUGAGGAACCCAGUCCCGCCUUGGAGCUUCCUAGCAACUUCACGAACGGUUCGUCAGUGACCUCGGAGAUGCACACGUUCUUGAUGGAGAGAUACUUCCAUGUUAUCCACAAGGUAUAUCCGGUUUUUGACUGGCCCUCGGAGUUUUUCACUGUCACAUCGCAGACCUAUGGCAGCAACCGAUUCCUCUUGUACGUUCGCGCAAUGGUUUAUUCUAUUGCAUGCCAUUGCCUGCCUAAGAAUGACCUCAGGCUCGUGCUUCUCUCAGAUGAACUAUAUCGACAUGCCGUGGCACAUGCUGAGGAUGUCAUGUCCCAAGUCUCUGUAGAGGCUCUCCAGGCCGUUCUAUUACUGGCUCUGCGCUGUCUCUUCGAUCCACGCAAAGGAUCUUUGGGUCAAAUGAUUGCCUUCUCAAAGUCUUUGAUGACGGAGUUGGCAAGUCGCGGGGUUCUGGAGAAUUCUCCCUUGGAACUACCAUUACGAUGUAUGCUAUCUUGUCUCGAUAACUUGGUUGGCUCGGCUCUGGAUAGACCCUCAGGACGUCCAGAAAUGGACGUGUCACAAACAUUAGACCUGUCGAAUCAAACGGCCUUCUUGACCUCGCAAUAUCAGGAGCAAUGGAAGUAUCGCAACAGCUGCACUACCGAAGUUCAAGACACAGCAGCAUUCGAUAAGCCAAUCGAUCAAAACUGGUCUCCAAUCACUCAAACUGCGCGCUGCGAAACACGGUUUUUGGUAGAUACAACUACAAAAAGUGCACUGGAGCUCCUGCACGAAUACUGUCGUCCCAAUACCAUCUUUACGGUCUUCACUGCGCACUGGACUUACAAGGCAGCGCUGUGGCUUUAUCAGGAUGGGGGGCCCCAGACUUCCUGGUAUCCUCUGGCCUUGAGGACGCUCGAGCGAUGUUCUCUCAAAUGGCCAGAGUCGGGAGCGCUCAUUGAUUCUUUGGCUCGUAUGUCGUCACCAAGGUGCUAUGCAGAAAACAUUGAUUGA